UCCAAUUUGUCUGGAGUCUGAAUAUGUCAUGUUAGGUCAGUUUUGACAGCAAUAUAUGCCAUUUCUAAGUUGUUUUAUUUUAUAGCAUAAUUUUAUACACAUUUCCACAAGAGCGGCGCCUUUGAUGUGUUUUGUACGAGCCUGCGGCUCAGCUGACUCUGUACACGAACGUCUGCCAAUAAUCCAAGAUGGACGGAGGUGCGUGGGAGGGGGGCGAAAUUUAAAACGGAGAAAUACAUGUGUCAAAGUCGUGAAAGUGUGUAAACAAAUGCAAUCACAGUAUCCGAGGAUGAUUCUAGCACAAGUAUAACGUUUGAUUUGUGACUUUGUCUCGAUGACACGGGGACUAUCGACACUAAAAUGUAAGACUUGUAUACGAUGCUGCAAGUGAAGCAUGAUUUUGCGUUACAAGAGAAUAUACUUUUUAUAGACUGGUUAAUUCGAGCUAAACUCUUUUUUUAACUUUAUGAUUCCAGUUGACACCACCAAAUAUACGAACAUUAAAUCUCUGGAAUCGAGCUGACUUUAGCAGAGCAGAUAACAACAAAACAACAGGGACUUCUGGCAACCCUAUGCCUCACAAAGCAUCGGAACGAACUGAUAACACUUGGAAGACCAUGAAGCUGAGUUUCAGUACUGGUGCCUGUCCCAGUUUUCUGCCUGAAUUGAAGGUUUCUCAAGGUUUCAUCAGUUGUCUCCCCUGAAAUCAAAGCCAUUCAGCUACAUUUCAAGAAUGACGAAUCGUGAUCCUUUUCACCAUUCUGCGUCAAUAUCUUCACUUCCCUCACCCCCUGAGUUCUUAGAAACGUUUCCAUGAGCAUGAUGGGAUAUUCGCCUAGAAGCUCCAAGGAGCCGGGUGCUAGUCCUGUUGCCUCAGCCAGUCCACUGGUCUCUGCGACAAACAAGGACAAACAAAAUCAACAGCAAGAGAGAGGCUUUUUGGAUGCUGCACAUCAGCAAGAAAGUGAGUGUUCGGAUCCUAUUUUUCAGCAAGAGAGAGAAUUCUCGGAUCCUAUUUUUCAACAAGAACCUAGUCAUCAACAAGAGAGGGGAUUCUCAGAUUCUCUUUUUCAGCACGAGAGAGUUCCUAGUCAUCAACAAGAGUGGGGAUUCUCGGAUCCUAUUUUUCAACAAGAGAGAGAUCCUAGUCAUCAACAAGAGAAAGGAUUCUCGGAUCCUAUUUUUCAGGAGAGAGAUCCUAGUCAUCAACAAGAGAGUGUAUUCUCAGAUCCUGUCCAUCAGCAUGAAAGACAAUUUUCGGAUCCUUCACAACAACAAAGAACAGAACUACAGAAUAUUCAGGACCAAAAAAUAGCAUUGGGUAAUGAGCAAUUGAGUCAAGAAUCAUGUCUGAAGUCAAAGUCGGACAAUAUUGCUUUGAAACAGCAAUGGUUUGGUGACAAUGUUCAGCAGAUACAACAAAGCAUAUCUGCAUGGCAGAGGUAUCCUCAGUUGCCCUAUUACAAGCAGUCAUCUUCUAAGGACGUACCACCCACUGAACUGAAAGUUGAAAACAUUCACUAUGAAGAGGACAAACCUAUGACAGCAACUACACACAUGUUGGAAAAGUUUGAGAUGGAUUCUUCUAAGAAGCAUUUGUGGGAUGUGAGCAGCAGGAAACAGAUAUUUGAUGCGAGAACUCGACCUCGUCUGUGGCGUAGUACUGAUGACCGUACAUUCCUAGAAACUCCAUCUGAUUCCAGUUCCAGUAACAUUGAAGACAGCAGUAGCAGUCGAGAACAUUCACCAUUUACUGGUCCAGACUAUUCUACUAUAGGUCAAGGACAACAGCAGCAGCAUCCUCACCAUCAUCUUCCAGGAGAUGCAGUGGAAAAGAAAGAUUUAAGUUACCACGGACUUGUGGUUCUCUCAAGGGAAGAUUUUUCGGAACCAGAACAACCUGGCAGAUGUGGUGCGAAAUUUAAGAAGCGUUUGCAGGAACGUUAUGCCUCCAGCAUACAUGACUCCUUUCUGGAAACUAGCAAACUACAAAGACCUGUGCAGUCUCUACUGCCAACUGGAAAGAGGAUCCACUUAUCUGCUCCAGAGAUGGAGGACAGUGAAAUGCUGAAGAGAGAAUGUGUAGCUGCUUUGAGUGCAGGGCGGACACAGCAUCACAGCUUUCCUGAGACUUUUCUGCAGCGGACAUUCAGUGUGAGUUCUGACACUCAGGAAGAUAAUGAUGUUUUCAUGGAACCAACAUCACCAAUGUUACUUGUAUCUUCUGCAAGAACAACUAAACCCACACCACUGCAGCAGAAUGAACCACUUGACUUAUCAAAAGGGCCAUCAGGCAGGUAUGAUUCAAAAGUGACAAGUCCUCAGUUAUCUCACAGAUCGGAAACAAAUCCUCAGUUAUUGCAUGGAUCAGAGAUUUGUCAGUUUGACAUGAGUCCGUACUCAAUUUCAAACACAAAACUUCAAAACAUGGUAACUGAGACGUCUGAAAAAGGUGAUUUUAUCCCCGAGUCCUCCCAACAGCAUCCUCAUAACUUAACUCUUCCUCAUCUACAACAAAAUGCUCCUCUGACAUCUCGUGACUCAAAUAUCCCUUAUCCCCAUCUUGAGUCUACUACAAUGUCUCACGUUGAUUCUAAUGUCCUUCAACAUGACUCAAAUGUAUCUGAUCCCAGCACAAAUCUUGCUCAUCACUCGGUGAUCACUCGAUCAUCAUCAGAUUCUAGUCUGCCAGAACGGCAUGCAGACUCUGAAUUGAGUCCUAGCAAGCAGUUCUCGCCAGUGACAUUCCGAUCCCCACAUCGGCUGCCUUUCUCCCCUCACUCAAUCUUGUCACCACAAUCUCCCCUGUGUUCAGUUCCCGAAGGAGGAAGGAUAUUUAACUUCAGUGUUCCAUGUCCCAUAGAAGGACCUCAUUCAGAUUCAGACCUUCUGUCUCCAAGUCCCAUGUCUCCACGCUUCUUCACGUUUCCUCCCCAUUCCUCAGUACUGAGUUCACUGACCGAGGUAAACCGCUUAGCCGUAUCACCGAGGGCACUCUAUCCCACAAGUCCUUUACCACUGGUAUCGUUUCCAUCAAAGCAGCCAUACAGGAUGAAAGAGGAACCAAAAUUAUAUUAUGAAAAACGGUCACUGUCAGAGUCCGAUAUGACAUAUCUCUGUCCCAUUUGUGGUCAGGCAUUUCCAUCAUAUGAUAAUCUAGCCAAGCACAUGGCCAAACAUUUGCCAACAGAAACGGUACGCGCUGCCGAUAAUAACAAGAUCCAUUACUGUAAAGUGUGCAAUCGUUCGUUCUCGCGCAGUGACAUGCUAACAAGGCACAUGCGCCUGCACACAGGCCUCAAGCCAUAUGAGUGUGCUGACUGUGGGCAGGUGUUCAGCCGCAGUGAUCACCUCAAUACACACAAGCGCACACACACAGGUGAAAAGCCAUAUCGGUGUCCGCAGUGCCCAUAUGCGGCCUGCCGUCGAGACAUGAUCACUCGACACAUGCGCACCCACAACAAAAGAACAUCAAAGAGAGGUCGGUAUCUGGCCGUGCCUGAUGCUGAGAGCAGUGAGGUGCGAAAGAGUUCGGUGUCUAGCACAGAGACAACUGACUCACAGCGGACAUGUUCCAUCUCCAGUGUGGAGAGUCUCGAUUCGGAUAUCAGUCACAAAAAAUACAGCAUGGAAUCAUCUAUAGAGAGUGACCCAGGUCAAAAGGUGGGCGAGUUAGAAUCUCAGUGUGAUGUGUAUGUGGAGUUGCAUUCUGAACGGAAAUAUGUUGUAACUGAGUUACCCCGAGACUCGGAUUCGGGCCCACAGACAAAGCCCAGUACUAAGCCAAACAUAAGUUAUAAAUAUCAUUCAAGUCAGUUGUCAGGUGAAACUUCAGGAGGUCCUGGCCCUGAAGUAAUUAUUGUUCCUGAUGACGAACACAGUCAGGGCUUUGACACGGAAGGAAGAAGCUCAAAGCUUGCAACGGAUGUCAAACCCCCAUCAUUUGACCCUUUUAUGGGCUAUCGUAAAGUUAGAAAUUGGUCUUCAACGAGUCUUGAGGACAGCGAAGAGGUGCCAGGCAGACACGACUCUGUAGCUGAUGACACUUUCAUAGAGUCAGAAAGAUCUCCAACAGACAAAGCAAGUCCUGAAGGUUGUGUCGUUGAAUCAGUAAGUCUUCAGAAGUGCUGCAUCAGUUCAGACAAUUCUAGUGUGAACAUGUAAACAUGUAAAUCUAUAGUUCAUCGCUACACAUGUAGGUCUGUAGUUAAGUCGUUGGUUCAUACAAUUCAUGUAGGUCUGUAGUUAACUCAUUGGUACAUACAAUUUAUGUAGGUCUGUAGUUAACUCAUUGGUACAUACAAUUCAUGUAGGUCUGUAGUUAACUCGUUGGUACAUACAAUUCAUGUAGGUCUGUGGUUACUUGUAUAUAUUUCACAACUCCACGUAGGCAUAUAUAGCUGUUACAAUUCAACACCAUCAUGUAAGUCAGUUGUAUUGUUGAACAUGGUUUUCAGACAGUUGUGUAAAGAUAAAUGUCUAUAGUUACAUAGUACCAAUAUUGUUCAGAUCUGUUUCACUUAUGACAGCCCUUGUUUGCCUUCAGGGCAUGUUUAUUAUGUAUACCUUACUGUAGAGUAUACAUGUACUUGUGACAACUUGUUAUAGUCUAACAUUGAUUGAUAUUGGACAUGUGUUAUGUGAACGUAAAGUCUAUAAUACAUCUACAAAGUCAUAAAGACUACACGAUCCACUUAAAACUGAUUGUAAGAUUUCUUUCAGAAACAUGUCUGUUGAUGUCUUUGCACAAUGGCUGACAAACAUACCCUAUAUAUAUUAGCUUAAUCUGACGGAAAAGGUACUUAGUGGGCCUGUUUCUUCCUGAUUGGUAGUUAAUAUUUAGUUUCUACUAUCUUUUUUUAUUUCAUGAAGUAGAAUAUUGCCAUCUCCAGAACUUUUGGUAUGUACUGUCCUGUCUGAGGGAUGCUGCAUAUAAAAGAUUCCUUGCUGCUAUUUGCUAAUCAGAAAGAGUAGCUCAUGGCAUGACAGCAGCGGGUUUCCUUUCUAAUUAUCAGUGUGAUCCUUAACCACAUGUCCGAUGCCAUAUUACCGUAAUUAAAAUCUGUCGAGUGCAUUGGUAAAUAAAACAUUCCUUCUGACAAUUAAAUCAUACUUCACGAAAAAAGUGUGGAAAUGAGGUCUAUGAGACUUAAUAGAUCUAUCGUAGGCUUAAAUUAAUAUAGACAUGCAUGCAUAAAAUAAUUAUAAAUAAUAAUGAGUGAAAACAUGUCAUAAUGUUUUUGCAAAUUCAUGGGGCUCUUUCACAUCUGUCAUUACUUCCGUAGAAAAAUAAUUUUUAAAAAAUCAACAAUCUACAGCACAUAAGUUACUGAAUAAAGUAUAUGUUUAAGUAUUUACUUGUUUUAUACAUAUUUGCAUGUACAUAUAGGUCACCCAAGUUGUGCGUAAGCCUUUCACAUUUUCGACUUCUCCAAAACUACUCGACCAAUUUCAACCAAAUUGUGUGGGAACCUUCCUUGGUACAUGUACUUGGUAAAGUUUGUUUUAUUUAAUGACACAUCUAGAGUACAUUGAUUUUUAUCUUAUCAUCGGCUAUUGACCGUCAAACAUAUGGUCAUUCUGACAUAUUUCUUCAGAGGAAAUCUGCUACCGUCACAUAGGCUACUCUUUCUGAUAAGCAGCAAGGGGUCUUUUAUAUGCACUUUCCCACAGACAGGACAGCACAUACCACAGCCUUUGAUGAACCAGUUGUGGACUACUGAUUGAAACGGAAAUUGGUACAUGGAGAACCAGAUUUGUUAAUUUGGUCAUUCUGGGACAUACCCCCCCCCCCCCCCCAUCCCCCAAUCCAAAUCCAAAUAAACAUAUUCUUGUCUGUAAAAAAAAAUAAAAAAUUAUAUAUUUAAAAGCCAUUAGAUGGUUUAUCAAAGUUGCGAAUUUCAUUGAUGUUGGGUCCCGUUUCUGCCUGACGAGGGCUGAAUUUUACUAGAGUUGUAUUGGAAAAUGCAUUUAAUCUGUAAUUUCUUCACAACUACUCAACCAUUUCAAACUAAAGUUGGUGGAAAGCUUCCUUGACCCAUGGAGAAAGUGAGUGUUGUGCAUUCCAUGAGUCUUGUAGAUGGCGUUAACAAUUUACUCAGAUGACUGUUUAAGCCUAUGGCCCGCAGGCCUCCCAGACCUCCUAUAUUUCCUAUAUUUUUAUUAGGAUCUUAUAAAACUCCUAUAUUGAGAUUCAUUUCCUAUAUUUGACUCAAUUGCUUUGCCAAAAUGCCGAUGAAUGUCGAUGAAUAAAAUAUGUUACUGAGUUAUAUUCGCAGUGAAAGGCUGUCAGAAAUUCAGAAGAUGCUUUGAAUGUGGGAGAUCUGUAUCAAGUGCCAAUCAAGAUCCUGCUCACCUGAUGAGGUGAGGAGGAUGUAUUACUGAUACAAGAUGCACCAACUUUCAAAGUAUCCUGGCUAUUGGCAUGGACUGCUGGCAAGCCUUGGUAUGUAUUUGUUGAGGUAGUAGAUGGUAUCUUGUGGACAUAUAAGCAAGGUAAGAACAUACCAUUAGUAAUGUAAAUGUCUUUAGAAAUCUGUGAAAAAUGCUUACAAGUAUAAUCAUGAUAAUUGGUCCAAAUAUUCGUAUUAAACUAAUAUAUUUGACCUCAAGAAAGAAAAUGGGUUAAGUUUAGGGUUAGGUUUAAGAAAAUCAUACAGUAAUGAUAAGAGUAAUAAAUUUUGUCAAAAGGUUAACUUUAAAAAUAUAUAUUUUGGGUAUGGCAGAAACCCUGCUAUGAGACCAAGUAAAAAGUCUGGUUUUAAGGGGUAUAGAGAGGUUCAGAUCUGUACUUAAAUUUAUAACACAGACUACUGUAGAAAUGGUAUAUACCAUCAAGGCAAAUAAAUUAAAGGAUCAUUGCAAAAAGUGAUUUAUUUAUCUUUUAACCAUUAAUUUCUGUCAAGAAUUAUUAGUAUUAUUUGUUUAUUAUAUUUUUUUAAUUUUAUUAAAAAAAAAUUGGUACAUUUUUUAUUAGCCCAGAAAUGUCGAUAGUGUCAGGGAUGGGACCCUGAAUCACUAUCUUCCAGAUAAUGUUGAACAUAAAUAACAUUAAAUAUAUAUAUAUAAUACAUAAUGAGUAUUGUUAGACUAAAUAUGUUCAGAUUGAUUGUACAAUUAUUAUUAUUCACAGUCCCUUUUUAAAUUUCAGCACAGAACAGAACCUCUGUAAAAUGUAGCUUGAUGCAUGGUCGGUUUAGGAUCGA